AAACCCCGCCUCCCUUCGCUCACUCUCCAAAUCUCCCACUCUGCUCAUCCUCCACUCUUUCACUACCACUCUUCAGUUCUUCUCCGCCACUAAUCUGCGCAAAAAUGGCAGACGCCAAACCGGAAACCAAGGCCGAGACCGUUACACCCCCUGCGAAACAGGAUAAUGAAAGUACGGAAAAGCCAAAGGGACGUCGUGGCAGUGCAGGACGCCCGAAAGUGUCCCAAAUUAUGAAGGCGGUCCAAGAAGGAGAAGCUCUUCUUAAGGAAAUGGGCCACACUGAGGAUGGACCAGAAGUUGAAGGAAGGAGACGUACUAGAUCAUCCGCUCGUGGUGGACCACCCCCACCAUUAACGCCGCCACCUGUGAAACGUGAUCGUAAGUCGGCAGCUGCUUCAAAUUCUACAGAAAAGAAAAAGGCUACGCCGACCCCUCCUGCUGCCAAGGGACGCAGAGGUCGAAGAAAGAAGAGCGAUGUCGUGGAAGAUGAAGACGCUGUCCCCGAAAAUAAUGGAGAUGUAGAGAUGCAUGAUGCUGAAGAAGAAACUGAAGAACCUAAAGCUGAAACUAAACCAACUAAAGUUGAACCUAAAGCUAAAGUUGUAGAAGAAGUCGUUGAGAAACCCAAAGAAGAGGCUUCUCCAACCCCAGUUAAAGAGGCUCGGGAACGUAAGGUCGUUGACAGCAAAGAAAAAGCCAAAGUUGAAGAACCCAAGGAGAAACCCAAAGAAGAGGUUCCUGUAGCAGAACCAAAGCGAAGUCCGGAAAAACCCGUCAAAGAAGUUAAAAGUAACGAUGUUUCAAAAUCCCCAAAACCUAAGGUUGAGGAAGCUAAACCCGAGACUCCAAAGAAGCCCGAAGACAAAAUUCCAACCCCAGUUAAAGAGACUCCACCUCCUCCUCCUCCCACGAUCGUAGAAAAGCCUCGGGAACCAGUUAAAACUUCACCACCUGUUGUUAUAGAAGCUAAGAAGGAAGAGAAGAAAGAAGCUCCCUUGUCCCCAGUAGUGGUGCCCCCAGCAGUGACAGUGAGCAAUGCAAACUGCACCACCCCUGAGAAAAAAAUUCCAUCGUCUUCGUCACUAGAAGCUGAUAAGGAGGUGAAAGGACAAAGCCCUGCAGUUACUACAUCCCCUGUUAAUAACGGUAACAGUAACACUUCCGUAAAUGCUGCCGUAUCUCCACCAAAGGCGGAUUAAACUGAACAUCGUUAGUAAUAACCUUUUUCAAAUGAGGUGUUAAUUGUAAUUCGCGAAAAUCAUCAUAUUUGCACAUAACAUACAUUUAUACAUCUUGACUUUUUAGACUUCCUUGUGUUUAGAAUUUUCAGUACGCAAUUCCUUGAGCUCCUCCUGUUUUUUUAAAAUCCAUUUCAUUUAAGAAACAUUGGGAAUUAUAUAUACAUAUAUAAAUGAGUUUGCGCUAUUUUUGUUUGUUAAUUUGAGUAUAUAUAUAUACUCAUACAAAUAGUCUUUAUAGCUAACAACAAAUGUGUAUGUCGUUUAAAUAUACUUUUUUUUGUCUCUUUCAAAAUUCCACAUUUUGUGAUUCUAAAUGAAUUUGCAUUUGCACAAUUUUGUGAAGUCGAUCAUCUCUAUGUUUUGAAAUAAAUAAAAGUAAAUCAACCUUUUAUAUGCAAAAAUAAAAUCUCCUCGGUAUGUAUAUCCGCCUCACAGUUCGACUUCACAACACAUCCCUCACUAUUUAAUUAUUAGAUAUUAUCUUGACUUUAACAACAGAUUUAAGUUUUACUACUGUGUGAAAAUAAACAGCCGAUAAUUAGCCUGUAUGUAAUGUAAAGCGUGAUUUGUAGCUUGGUACAACUGUAUUCAACUUUUAUAUAUGAUAUAAAUCAUUUUAUCGGGUAUUGGUAUUUUCUCUAGUGUAAACCAUACUAUUAUAUAAAAUUACGACUUUAUUUGGAUGAACCUGAUUAUAACGGUAGCGUAAAAAUGAGUAAUUAAUGAGACAGGGUGGACCCGACCCUUGCAUUAAUUUGUUUACAAACUGUUCUCUUACAUUAUAAAUAUAUAAAUAUUUGUGUUACUCUGACUGAAGUACCAAAAAUCAAAUGUUUCAAAUCACUCUCAUAUUAUUAUUACUAUUAUUAGCAUGAUAUAGUUUAAGAAACCCUAGCACUAAUAUUGUUAAGAAUAUAAGAAUAUAUAGAAUUAAUUAGAGUCUCAGGUCCGAUAAUGAUAACUUUAACGUUGAUUACGUCUUGGUUUUCCUUGAUAUCUUAAGAUAAAUCACGUGAAACCAAUGUAAUUCCAGGUCGGUGUCUUAAGUACAGCAUUCUAACCUCAAGAAAUAAAAGAGAGUUAACAUUUUGUGAAAGAAAUCCA